GAUAACUUCGAAGAUGGCCAGGAUUCGAACACUAAGCACUAAUUCGGAAGAUUCCGACCACUUUUACACUAUAAAUGAGCAUCCCGUCGAUGAUAUAUCUCUAGCAUUCUUUUAUAAACCGCACACUAUAACAUUGCUGACAGUUUCUAUCAUAGGUUUACUGUACUUCGGAUUUGUAAGGGAUGAUGCUGGAACAGAACAGAACAUCUGCAGCGGCUUGUGCAGCAUAUUCUUCUUCUUUAUGAUUAUAUCUGUCCUCACAUUUCCAAAUGGUCCAUUCACACGUCCUCAUCCUGCACUAUGGAGGAUGGUGUUCGGCAUGAGUGUCCUGUACUUCCUACUUCUCUGUUUCACGCUAUUCCAGAACAUGCAGACUGUGAAGGAAAUUCUGUUCUGGCUCUAUCCUGAUCUCAGAACAUAUACACCCGAGGUGGAGCGACAGGAGUACGCUGUGAACUGUUCCGACAUAACCUUAGAGAGGGUGUGGUCACAUGUAGAUAUAUUCGCAUUUGGUCACUUCUGGGGUUGGGCACUGAAGGCUCUACUUAUUAGACAUUAUGGCAUAUGUUGGACAAUCAGUAUUACAUGGGAAAUAACAGAGAUGUUCUUUGCUCACUUGCUUCCCAAUUUCCAAGAAUGCUGGUGGGAUGCCUUCAUCUUGGAUGUUCUCCUAUGUAAUGGGAUUGGUAUACUGUUUGGAAUGCAAGCCUGCAAGUGGUUGGAGAUGAGGAACUACCACUGGGAAAGUAUCAAAGACAUUCAUACUACCACUGGAAAGAUACGUCGUGCUGUAUUACAGUUCACCCCAGCCAGCUGGACGCACGUACGCUGGCUUGAUCCUCACUCCUCCUACAUGCGGGUCGUUUCUGUCACAAUCUUGGUUGUGUUUUGGAUGGUUGUGGAGUUGAACACCUUUUUCCUAAAGCAUAUAUUCAGAUUGGGUACAGGUCACCCCCUUUGUAUAGGACGUUUGUUGUUCAUAGCGGUCAUAUCCGCACCUUCAAUUCGACAGUAUUAUUGCUACGUGACAGAUGCCCAAUGUAAGAGAGUGGGUACGCAAUGUUGGGUCUUUUGUGCAAUAACCCUGACCGAGGCUAUGAUAUGCUUGAAGUUUGGUGCUACAUUGUUUAAAGAAACCGAGCUAGUCUAUAUGUGUAUUUGGCUCAUUACUCUGUUAAUAUCUGGAAUCACAGCUGUGUAUAUAUGUGCCAUAGUUGCCAAAAGAUCCAAGAAUGUUGACUUGACAAAUGAGAAAGAUGUGAACUUCAGGUUCAAUGACCCCUUGAAGUCAAGCAAAGACAAUCAGGAGUCAACAGACGCACCAAAAUAUUCUACUAUAGAGGGCAGCACUGAUAGUGGAACAACCAAUGGAAAACCUCAUUACAAUACUAGAAGAAGAGCAAAGAAAGCACAAUCAAAUGGUCAUUUAUAAAGGCUAAAUUAUUAGGAAGGAUUCUCUAAUACUUGCAUCUAAUUUAUAUACUAGACUUAAUAACUACCAGUGUUCAUGCAUAAUAAAACAGUGGCAACGAUUCACAAUGAUACUGGGGGUGUAAAAUAGUAAAUGUAGUAGCCAAUCUAAAAGAGAAUGUUUUUAAAUGUUGUCCUUUUGAUAUUCUCUCCAAAGAUACUCCAGAAUUUUCC